CUGAGAGAGUGAAGUGUGCCGUAAAUGUUCCGGAGAAUAAUGUCUAGUGCUAAACGUGAAAUGAAAGAGAAUGACUAUCGGGAAUGUUUGAGCGAAAAGUUGUUUUCCAAGAGGGCUACUAAGUCAAAUACUUUGUUGCAACGAUUUGACGGAAGAUCGAUGUUACUGCUGCGUGCACUACUAUCAGGAGAUGCUAGCAGAGCUAUGUGGGUCUACCGGCGACAGCGACGUCUUGACCCCGACCUUACCCUGCACACUUUUCUGAAGACCCUUUGCCAGGAUGAAAUCUGUAAUGACAAGGAUUCUCUACCUUUGACGGCCAAACCACUGGUGUGCCUGUUCCCAGAGGCAUUCCAACACACCCUGUUAUCGUUCAUCCAUAUUAUCUACGCAACGCUUCCUGGGACCAUAAUACUACGGCUGAUAGACUGCCUUAUGCAGCAGCCCACUCCAAACCCCUGGACCACAUCCCUGGUAGGACAGCUGAAGAGAGACCUAGGAGACCCAGAAGAGGGGUCCCUCGUUACUCCACAAUGUGCAGAGAGGCUAAGAAAGCUGAGUGAGCAUUUAGGUGGUGUAGGGAAUCCAACAGGCUGGACUUUAUACUUUAGCAGUCUAGCAAAGCCCCAGACGUCCUCAGAAGGACCGGAGUUACCAGAUAGGAUCUCUCAAAGAAAGAGGAAAAGCAGCUUUGUGGAUGUGGACCCAGACACUGAGGGAGAGGCCCAGCAGCGGAAGAGGCUGAAGAGAGAACUGUGUUCUGUUGAGGGCCCUUGCAGCAGUAACAACCCCACAGUACAGACAGAUGGAUUAACAGGCAUAAAUGAUGCUAUCGCAGUAGAGGUCAAUGUGGAUUCUGUACUGAAGGUUGUGGUAGACUAUUCAAUUAACUCCUUGCCUGACCACAUUAAGGGUUCUACCUCUCAAAUCAAAGAAUUACUAGAAAACAAGAUGGAGUGGGACCAGAGCUCUGUAGAUGUCCUCAAGGUGCUGAAUGAAUGUGACCCACCCCAGAUGGAGGUGUUGUGUGGAAUGUUGAGAUUGUCUGAGUUACCAGAGCAAACCCUGCUCCCGCUCUGUAGCGCUCUGCUGACACUCUCCCCUGACCUCAGCUACAGCUCAGCAGUCACCCUCAUCCGGCACCUUCUACUGACGAAGGUCGUCUCACUCUCAGAAGCUGCCUCCAGGUGUCUAGUUAGUGCAGUGAAGUCUCUGUGCAGUCGCUACCCGCGGCCGACCUGCCACGCCCUGAUUGGACCUGUCCUACAGCAGGGGCGGACUGGCAGUGCACAGGCGGUGCUAUUUAACAGACUCAUUGAAGACUGCUUUGAGCCUCAUUACAGAUUGCUUCUGUUUGAGAUGACAUUCAAAGUGGUGUGGAGCGAGGAACUUCUCACAGUCAUCCACGGUUUGCUGGACUCAAAGCUCGGGCUAAAUGAAGAACUAUUCACACAAUUCACUGAGCAGCUUAACAGCCAGGCCCAUCUUUUCACCAAGUCCAUGAAAUUUGCCAAGAUGAUGCUGACUGUACUCACCAAAUAUAACAAUCAUGUAACCUUAGCACACAAACAGUCUCUCUCCUGCUGCUUGUCCUCAAGUGAGACUUUCUUGAAGAAGUCACUCCAGGCUGCCUUGAAAAGGAUCAGUCCCACAUGAAAUAUGAUGCUUUGUAAUAAACAGAUACAAAAGAAUGACCAGUGUAUAACGUUGGUUUGAUGUUGGAUAUUCAGACACCUAAGUCACCUCUACUCCAUGUUCACCCGAGGUUAUAAUCAGAAUGCAACAAUCUUUACAACUGGCCGACCAGUCAACGCAUACAAUUAGGAACCGUUAAACUACAGAUUACAAAUGUCAAGUCAAUAGCUUUUCAUCCACAUGAACUAUCAACAUAAAUCUGAAUGUCAAAGACAUUAUCAAAAUAUUCAAGAUGCAUACUUGUCCCAUACCCAUUGGUUUAAUCACCACAGUAUUUGAAUAUUUUGAAAUGUAGGUAAACUAAUUAUUUCAAUAGCUCCUGGACAAAGUUAUUUCUAACCUCUUUAACAUUUGUUAUAAAUAAUGGACAAAGUUGGCACAGGCUUUGGCUUACCUGCAAAUACAUUUAUAGUUUACUAUAAAUGUUGCAAGAUUGAUCAUUUACUACAACUCUU